UCUCCUCUUCAUUACGCGCUCGUUUGGAUCCCCGAAACCACUCCUUUUAUUCGCGCUCCUUGCCCUCCCCACCUCUCCAAACGCACAAACGUCUCACCUUCCUCUCUGUCCCACCGCCUUCGAUGGGUUUCUUCCCCGUCGUCGACGCAGCUUUCUACCUCCUCUUCGUCUCAAACGCUACGGCGCUACCGUCGAUCACCGUUGUUGUCAUCUUAACCCUCGCUGUCAUCUGCCUCUACCCGGGCGGGCUCUCGUGGGCGCUCUCCAGGGGUGGCCGCUCCAUCCCCGGUCCGCCUGGCAUGGUACUCGGCCUAUCUGGCUCCGCCGCCCACCGGGUCCUCGCCAGGCUUGCUGCGUCUCUCAAAGCCGCUGACUUGAUGGCCUUCUCCUUCGGCCUCACCUGCUUCGUCGUGUCUAGUCGCCCCGACACCGCCCGGGAGAUCCUUAACAGCUCGGCCUUCGCCGAUCGACCCGUUAAGGAAUCUGCCUACGAGCUGCUCUUCCACCGGGCAAUGGGCUUCGCGCCUUUCGGCGACUACUGGCGCACCCUCAGGAGGAUCUCCGCCACCUAUUUGUUCAGUCCCGCAAGAAUCGCCGCUUUUGGUGAGCACCGUAGGGCCAUAGGACAGCAAAUGAUCCAUGACGUAAUGGCGAGCAUGGAGACGAAUGGGGUGGUGGCGAUGAAGAAAGUUGUGCACUUUGGAUCCCUGAACAACGUGAUGAUGAGCGUUUUUGGCAAAAGAUUCGAUUUUGGGAAACACGAGGGUGUGGAGUUGGAAGAGCUGGUCACAGAAGGGUAUGAUCUACUUGGUAAGUUCAACUGGAGCGACCACUUCCCAAUGUUGAGGUGGAUGGAUCCUCAAGGUAUCAGGAAGAGGUGCAGGAGACUGGUGGCAAAGGUCAAUGUGUUUGUGGGCAGCAUCAUAGAAGACCACAGACGAAGACGAGUUGCUGCAGAAGCGGUCAAUGGGGUUGGUGACUUUGUUGAUGUGUUGUUAGAUUUGGAGAAGGAAGACAGGCUUUCUGAUUCUGAUAUGGUUGCCGUUCUGUGGGAAAUGAUCUUUAGAGGAACUGACACUGUUGCUAUACUUCUGGAAUGGAUCAUGGCCAGAAUGGUGCUGCACCAAGACAUACAAUCGAAGGUGCAGUCAGAAAUCGAUGCUGUCGUCGGAACCUUGCGCCUCGUCUCCGACGCCGACAUCCCCAACCUGCCUUACCUCCAGUUCAUCGUGAAAGAAUCUCUACGGCUGCACCCACCUGGCCCCCUUCUCUCCUGGGCUCGCCUCGCCGUCCAUGACGCUUACGUCGGUGACCACUUCAUCCCUGCAGGGACCACGGCGAUGGUGAACAUGUGGGCAAUAACCCACGACGAGCGCAUCUGGGAAGACCCCGAUGACUUCAAGCCCGAGCGAUUUGCCGAGGAGAACGUAAGCAUUCUGGGUUGCGACCUAAGGCUGGCGCCCUUUGGGGCUGGAAGGAGGGUGUGUCCUGGGAAAGCCUUCGCAUUGGCUACCGUUCACUUGUGGUUGGCUCAGCUGCUUCAGAGCUUUACUUGGGUCUCCGAGGGGAGUGCAGUGGACAUGUCCGAGUGCUUGAAGAUGUCUCUUGAAAUGAAGAAGCCUUUGGUUUGUAGGGCCUUCCCAAGAAACUGAAGUUUGGAUCUGGUGGCUUGCUCUUGAGUGCUUUCUGAGAGUAAUAAUAUACAGUGGGUUUGGAGCUUGGAAGCACGAUGUUUGGAGUUAGUCUCCAGACUUUGCUGCUUUGUAGAUAGUGUAUGUGGUUUUGUCCAUUUAGGUAGUCCCAGCUUCUGUGUGAUGUGCAUAGUGGUGGAGGUUUAGGUUUUGCAUGCUAUCCUUUACGUAGUUUGUGAUGUACUCAGCUUCGUAUAUGUGGAAAUGGAGUUUCUGUCUCAAUUCUAUUUCA